AUUAGGCUGUACACACCACUCUUCACGAUAAGGCUUCAGUUCAAAAAUCCUUCUCAUCAUGGUAACUUUACUUGUCGGAGUGCUUGUAGCCAGCGUAGCGUUCACGUAUGGACAGACGCAAGACAUUCUGGGUGUUCUGCGGGCUAAUCAAGAAACCACUUUGUUGGACCUCAUCAAAACUGCGGGACUGGAAGCAGCUCUGUCCGGACCUGGUCCAUUCACGAUAUUUGCUCCCAGCAACGUCGCUUUCCUACGCCUGGGGUACAGCACAAUUCAAAGCCUGAAGUCUGAUCCCACUGCACUGGCCCAGGUGCUCACCUAUCACGUGAUCAACGGCUCAUACGCGUACAACGCUAUCCAUGCCAACGAAAUGAUGCUGACCACGCUGGCCGGGCCUAAGAUUCGCGUGAAUUACUACAUGGGUAAGAAUACAACGACGGUACAGGGCACAGGCUUCACGCGUUACGAUCUAAGAGCCAGCAACGGCAUCGUGCACAUUAUCGAUCACGUGAUGAUGGCGCCUAAUGGUAGCAUCAUGGAUUACAUCAGCUCCAAACCGAACUUGUCCACCUUGAAAGCCGCCAUCGAGGCAGCCGGGCUGACCAGUGCCCUCUCUGAGGGCCCAUACACUUUGAUUGCUCCAACUAACGACGCCUUCGAGAAGCUUGGCAACCAAACUGUGCAGGCCUUGUUGGGGAAUCCGGAGCUCCUCAGGUCUAUCCUGUUGUACCACGUCAUCCGCGGUACCCUGUACUCCGUGGGAAUCCAGACCGGAAGUUACCACACCCUUGAAGACAUCGACUAUGAGCGAAUCAACGCUGUUUCCGGUACAUACAUCACGAUUGACGGGCAUGUCGUGAGCAACAAGGACAUCAGCGUCACCAACGGCGUCGUGCACACACUUUCGUAUGUGCUGGUUCCCUCGUCUCUCGCCGGAGCCGUAAAAGCUCUUGCGAAUCCUUGAACUUUCGCUUUUGUGAUAUAAUCUAUGCUUUAUUAAACAAAAAUCUAGUUA